AUGAUGGAAGAUGGCAUGAUUGACGUAGGUGAUAGGCCGAAUAUCGGCGUAUUAGGAAAAUACAACAUAGUGGAUGGCUUAGAAAAUAAAUUCAAUGUAUGUUUUGUUGAAAACCGGACCCAUGCCGCUACGGAUUGGCAAGCUGCGAAUCCCUUGAUGAGAUGUCUCCCCAAUUUUAUGCUACAACUGACCUUCAUUAUAAUGUUCACUCGGGUUUUCAUGAUCAUCCUCAAACCUAUUCGUCAACCUCGCUUUGUUUCUGAGGUUCUUGCAGGCGUUGUGCUAGGCCCAAGUCUUCUGACUAGAGAGGCAUGGAUAGCGACUUACGUUCACCCUUUUGAGGGGGCAUUGUUGCUAGAGACAAUGGGGAGCCUUGGCGUCACAUUCUAUAUGUUCCUAGUGGGUCUGGAGAUGGACCUAACCCCAAUCAGGAAAAUGGGAAAAACAGCAAGCCGUGUGGCCAUUGCCGGAAUUAUUUUCCCCGGAUGUGUGGGAAUGAUAUUAUACCAGCUAGUUCGGAAUGAACGACCAGAUGCACCUAAGGAGGGUGGCUUCUUUUGGGCAAUUGCCCUUACCGUCACAAGCUUUUCGGACUUGGCUAGGAUACUUUCAAAGCUCAAGCUCAUGUCCACGGAUCUUGGAAAGAUGGCCAUGACUUCAGCUGUUCUCACUGACUUUGUUUCUUGGAUCCUUCUCGUGGCAACAGUAGCCAUAGUUAAUGGGCAUGGCAACUUUCUGAGGAUAAUCCCAACUUUGAUUUUCAUGGUGAUAUGUUGGUUUGUGAUUCGGCCUAUUAUCUUUUGGAUGAUUAAACGGAUUAACGCAGGAAGAGAGGAAUCGUCAAUGGAAGUUCAAUACAACGAGAAACAUGUAGGUUUCAUUCUAACAGGGGUGCUCCUUUGUGGGCUUGUCACAGAGUUAUGUGGCGUACAUCCCAUGUUCGGAGCCUUCAUGUUUGGACUGAUGAUACCCAGUUCAGAGGUUGGGAUUAAGAUCAUGGAUAAAAUCGAAGACUUCGUCGUGGGGAUUUUGCUACCCCCUGUGUUCUUGGUUGCUGGCCUACGAACCAACGUUGCAUUUAUAGCUGCUGGAUUUCGUUAUUCUCUGGUCGCUACUGUCAUGGUUGUGGCUUCCUUGAUAAAAAUUCUCAGCACUCUUCUUGUUUGCCUCUACUCAAAAUGCUCGUUUCGAGAUAGUUUAGCCUUGGGGGUCCUGAUGAACACCAAGGGCGUUAUUGCCAUCAUUGUUCUUCAUGAGGGUCGGAACGUAAAGGGCUUUGACCAACAAACAUAUACUUGGAUGGUGAUUGCCAUGUUAAUCAUGACGGGUUUGGUUGGUCCAGUAGUGAGUUUCACUCACAAGUCCGCAAGGCAUUUGAAGCACUACCAUCGGAUGAAUUUAGAAAGGAGUAAACCAGACACGGAGCUUCGAGUGCUAGCAUGCCUCCAUUCCAGCAGAAAUCUUGCUGGCCUAAUCAAUCUCCUGCAUCUUUCAAAUGCCACAAGAAAAUCCCCAAUUGUGGUUUUCGCUGUCUACUUGGUUGAGCUCACAGGACGUGCUUCAGCCAUGCUAAUUUUCCAUGAUAAGAGUAACAUGAAUGAUAUAGCUGGUUGUGGUAACUCCAGUCGAGAAAGACUCGAGGCGGAGCAUAUUGUUCAUGCCUUUGAAUCCCUCCAAAACGACAACCGUGCUAUCGCUGUCUAUCCACUCACAGCAGUGUCGCCUUUCUCCACUAUGCAUGAAGAUGUUAGAAACUUCGCCAUAGAUAAGAACGUGGCUGUCAUCUUACUCCCAUAUCACAAGAAACCCAAUGGCAUUGGGGGAUGGGUGGAUGAAAGCCUCGAGCACAAAAAAGUGAGUCAACAUUUGCUUGCAAAUGCACCUUGUUCUAUUGCCAUACUUGUGGAUCGGGGCCUAACUCGACAUCUUCCUCUGGAUUUUGAACAUGAUAGUAUACGUGAAAUUCGAGUGGCUAUGCUUUUUUUUGAAGGAGCUGAUGACCGAGAGGCAUUGGCUUAUGCAUGGAGAAUGGCAGGGAAUCCCGGGGUGGCAUUAACUGUAGUGAGAUUUGUCCCCGGAAAAGACAUGUUGGAGACUGUAGUAGAUGAUGCUGAGGCUGAGGCUGAGGCUGAGGCUGAGGCUAAUUUUAAUGAUGAUCCGGAGGCAUUCUCGGCCAUGUUCGAGAAAGAUAAGAAGAAAAUGCUUGAUGAUGACUACAUUAAUGAGUUUAGGUUUAGAACAAUGCACGAUCAAUCCAUUGCAUACAUGGAAAAACCUGUGAACAGUGGAGACGAGCUUGUAUCCACCAUUAAAUCAGCUUAUAAUGAUUUUGAUUUGUAUAUAGUUGGUAGAGGAUAUGAUACCAAAUCUCCAUUGACCUCAGGGCUUUGUGAUUGGAAUGAAUUCCCAGAGAUUGGGCUGAUUGGGGAUACAUUAAUAUCGGUGGAUUCCUUAACGUCCGCCUCCGUUCUGGUUAUGCAACAAUCAGCUCCUAAGGCUACCCCUCGCCCUCCCCUUGUCUCCAAAAACAACAUCAGCUGUGUCUCCAAAAAAACCGUAUCUAUGGAUGCUCCACGCUUUUCCAAUCAACCUUUUGUUAAUCAUCAAAUAACCCAUGAUUAUUUAUGA